AUGAUUGCGACUAUGACCUUGGACGAAGAAUGGAUUGAUUGCGCUGGUGAUAAAUCGAACGGUUGCAACAUCGAUCAAUGGAGCGAUUGCAACGGCGAUGAAACCGACGAUUAUUCUAAUAAGGAUGAAUAUCAAGCAAAUGUUCACAUGAUGUAUCAAUCUGAGUCUAACAAGUAUUGCUCAAUCAAUACUAAUGAAUCUUAUCUAUGGAAUCAUGAUAAUUAUCAGCAUAAUGAGCUAAAACAUAUUCAAAGUGCACCAUGUGCAACCAAGGUGAUUGUCACUGAAAAAGCUUCCACUGACGAAGAAAGUGAAACAUGUGAACAUAGUCGUCGUUAUAUUUGUAAUUCAUGUACAUACGACAGUGUCAAAGUUAUUCUCAAUAGUGCUAUGAGUAGCCAGAUGCCAUGUCCUGAAAUAGACUGUUCGACAAAGUGGGAUUCACAUGAGAUUCGUCGAGUACUCUUGGUUGCUAAUGAUAAUUUAUUGUUGAAAAAAUAUGAUGCUUAUCAAAUCAGACAAUACCUCGAAAAUGAUGAUAAGUUUUUUUGGUGUGCUCAUGAAUGUGGUUCUGGUCAAUAUCAUUAUAGAAGAUCAACUCGAAAUCCGAAAAUAACUUGUAUCUUAUGUAAAAAAGAUACAUGUGCCUUUCAUCGUAUUAAGUGGCAUGAAGGCAUGACAUGUAAUCAAUAUGAUCGAUUCUACCCAUCUAGAGAUGCAGGUACACGCAAAUGGAUUAAAAGAUAUUCAAAAAAAUGUCCCGGAUGUCAAUCCAACAUUGAAAAGAACGGUGGUUGUGAUCAUAUAACUUGUCCAAAAUGUCGAUAUCAAUUCUGUUGGGAUUGUUUGGUCGACUAUGCUCCAUUUACAAAUCGUUCGCAUGUUCGACAUAAAAUCAGUUGUAAACAUCAUAUAAUCGGAAAACUUGUGUCACCUGUUCGUUUUUUGAGUUUACGAAGGUCUCAAUAA